AAUCCGUCAUCACCAAUCAGUAUAAUUUGAUGAUCUGAACGAUAACCACUUCUCCGGAACAAAUAAAACCUUUAAAAAAAUUAUAAAACGAAGAAAAUUAUAAUAUUUGCAAUAAUUUUGUGAUAGUUUAUUUAGUUUAAGCACAAUGCCAGUUUACUAUGGUGGAUACUACGGCGGCGCCCACAGCGGCGGCUACUGCUUAUACUCGUGCGGCUGUAAUCCCUCCAUUGGAGGUUGCGGACCCUGUGGACCCUUACCAGGACCGUGCUGUGGACUCUCCUGCUGAUGAGGAGCUGAUCUCAGUGCAGUGGCCGGACGAGAGCUACCUGCGGCACAGGAACGUGCACCUGGCCGUGUCCCUGCUGACGUUCGUGGCCCUCUCCGCCCUCAGCAUGCUGUGGUUCCUCACCGAGUACAAUAUUGUCAAAUCAUACGUGAAUCUUGUGCGAAUAAAAUUAUGGUCCAUAUAAAA